GAGCUCUGGUUAGUUUGAGUAAGUAAGGAAUUUCCUCAGUUCCUGAAUUAGAAUGAUUCUGGAUGGGGAAAUUAUAGAGUUAAACACUAUUCUGUUAGUUUAAGAGACACUACUGCCUGACAAGAAGCCAACUUAUCCUGACGUUUGAACUGCUGGUUAAAGCUUCAAGGUUCUCAGUAAUAUAAAGCCUGAGGAAAGAAAUGAGUAGGAAAAUAGUCUCCCUAUUGAAUUAAAGAGAAAUUGAAGAAGAGUCACUGAAAAAUACUUCUGUGAUUAUGGAGUCAACUCACAACAAAAAGAAAAAAAUAGUUAUCAUUGGUGGUGGAUUGCAGGAAUGGUAUGUCACAAACACCUGGGAAGAGGAACUCUAUUCCAUGAAGGCAUGGAUGGUUCACUGCAGUUAGCCUGGCAUGAAUUCUUCCUAAAGAACCUGGAAUACAGAGAGGCGAUGUGGUUUAAUGCGAGGAGGGAAACAAGCAUUUAUUAAUCACCCACUACAUGCCAGUUGCUGUGUUAAGUGCUUUCCAAAUGUUAUCUUAUUUGAUACUCACAACAACCCUACAAGGUGGGUGCAUUAAAUGCUUGCUUCCUUGCAAAAAGAGGUUUCGAGGUUGAUGUCUAUGAAGCCAGGGAAGAUAUUCGACUUGCGAAAUCUGCCCGUGGAAGAAGUAUUAAUUUGGCCCUUUCUCAUAGAGGGCGUCAGGCUCUUAAAGCUGUUGGACUAGAAGACCAGGUUGUAUCCCAAGGUAUUCCCAUGAGAGCAAGAAUGAUUCAUUCCCUUUCAGGAAAAAAAUCUGCAAUUCCUUAUGGGACAAAAAAUCAAUAUAUUCUUUCUAUAAGUAGAGAAAGUCUGAACAAGGACCUGUUGACGGCUGUUGAAAAACACCCCACUGCAAAGAUGCACUUUGGACACAAGUUGUUGAACUGUAAACCUGAAGAAGGUGUAAUCACUCUCCUUGGAUCUAAUCAGGUCCCUGUAGAAGUUACUUGUGACCUUAUUGUAGGAUGUGAUGGAGCCUAUUCAACAGUCAGAGCACAGUUCAUGAAGCGGGCUAGGUUCAACUACAGUCAACAGUAUAUUCCUCAUGGAUAUAUGGAACUGACUAUUCCACCUAAGAAUGGGGAGUAUGCCAUGGAACCUAAUUAUCUACACAUAUGGCCUAGAAACACUUUCAUGAUGAUUGCACUUCCUAACCAGAACAAAUCCUUUACCUGUACUUUGUUCAUGCCCUUUGAAGAUUUUGAAAAACUCACUACAGGUAGUGAUGUGCUGGAUUUCUUCCAGAAGCACUUCCCAGAUUCCAUCCCUCUAAUGGGAGAAGAAGCACUGAAACGAGAUUACUUUCUGCUGCCAGCCCAGCCCAUGAUAGCUGUCAAGUGCUCAACAUUCCACAUUGGUUCCCAGUGUGUACUCAUGGGAGAUGCGGCACAUGCUAUUGUACCCUUUUUUGGACAAGGCAUGAAUGCGGGCUUUGAAGACUGUUUGGUAUUUGAUGAAUUAAUGGAUAAAUUCCAUAAUGACUUAAGUAUCUGUCUUCCAGAAUUCUCAAGACUUCGAAUUCCAGAUGAUCAUGCAAUUUCGGAUUUGUCCAUGUAUAAUUACAUAGAAAUGCGAGCACAUGUCAAUUCAAAAUGGUUCAUCUUCCAAAAGAAUAUCGAAAAAUGUCUUCAUGCAAUUAUGCCAUCAACCUUUAUUCCACUCUAUACCAUGGUCACUUUUUCCAGAAUACGAUACCAUGAAGCAGUUCUACGGUGGAAAUGGCAAAAAAGGGUUAUAAACAAAGGACUCUUUUUCUUUGGGACAGCAACAGCCCUAAGUGGUACCUGCUUACUUAUAACUUACAUGUCUCCAAUGGUCCAACUGAAGAUGCUGUGGCACUGGAUCACUUCCUUCAGGAGCACAGAAAACCUCUUUUUGAAACUUCCAUGGAAGUAAAAGAGUGAAUUCUAGAUUGUGAUAUAGGCCAUUAUGAAAGAGAAUUAUCUAAUGACAGAUGGUUGUUUUCUUGAAAAAAGACCUCAGCCAUUCACAAACAUAGAGUGACCUCCAUUUACAAUUCACUAUUUAAAAGCAUCCUUCAAAUGAUAAUGCCAUUUGAAUUAAAUUUAUAAAAGAGUAUACAUUUUUUUUAAUUGAGAGCACUAGAAUGAUUUUGGACUUUCUGAAUAUUGUCCUGAAGGUCCAAAAUCAUCUUAUAGGUGACAGUGCUAUCAAUAAAAUCCUCCUGAAAAUUUAAAAA